CCAUUACGCACCUCCCUGACGUUUUAUUGAAAAGAGAAAAUUGCCUUCUCUUAUCCUUUGUAAGGCCCCUCAUUUAAGAAAGAAUUGACAUUUUGAACACGAGGUUCAAACAUCAUAACGAUGACGAGCGUAAAUGAUCAAACCCAGAUUGAACAGGAGACCGGUAACACUGAAGGAGAGUCGAAAGAUUCCGUGAAACAAGAAAAGGAGAUGAAACCCGAGGAAUCCAAUGCCAAUUCUCCAACUGAACUGUCGAAGCUCACUAAGAUCGUGAAACACAGCAAACCAGAACAACCAUUGGGCUUUGAUGGUUUUAAAAAACAAUAUUAUCGAUACGCUUCUAAAUUUGGUACAACCUUGAACUUACUGGUUGUUGGCGGUUCUAGUUUGGGUAAAACAACCUUCGUGAAUUCCCUUAUUCAGGGAAGCUUAACCGGAAAGAAAACCGCUAAAACAAGUGAUUUUAUGCAACAUAGAUUGCGUAUGACGGAUGGCGACAUUAACUUUAACUUAACAAUUCUGGACACUCCUGGAUUUGGUGAGAAGUGCGAUAAUAGUAAUUGCUGGAAACCUCUCGCAAAUAUCCUCGUCCAACGUUUGAAUGCAUAUUUCGAGAAUGAGAUAAAGGCAUGCCGUCAAUUGCCUAUCGUCGAUACUCGAAUCCACGGAUGCUUAUUCUUUAUUAAUCCUACAGGUCACAUGCUGGAUCCUUUAGAGCUCUAUGUUAUGAAAAGAAUUGAUCGCUUCGUUAACAUUAUUCCAGUCAUUGCAAAGGCAGACAUGCUCACACCAGAAGAGUGUGCCAGAUUUAAACGUAACAUCAUUAAAGACCUGCAGCACGAACACAUCCAAUUCUUCCAUGAACCAGGAAAGAGCAUUGAAGGUAUUAAUUACGGCAUGCCAGAGCCCUUUGCCCUCAUAGGUGCAACCAAGGGAAUGCAAUCAGACAGUAAAAACGCAAUCCGUGGAAGAGAGUAUCCAUGGGGAGUCAUCAACAUUGAUGAUCCCCAACACAGCGACUUCUGUGCGUUCCGUAACUUUUUGCUGUACACACACGCAGAGGCGCUAAUCGAGAAGACGCACAAAGUCAUUUAUGAUGCGCUUCGAACAGAACGUCUCAACAAGCUGAAAAGCCAACCAAACGGCUUUUACACCAGUUCAAAGAAGCUCGUUGAAGAGUACAUGAAAGCAGAACUUGGACGAGUCGAAAGAAGUCUGCGCCAAACGGUGCAAGAUAAGCUACAGGAAAAGGAGAACUUGUUGGCAUACACAGAAAAACAGUUGGAAGCCAAACAUAAGGAAUAUGAGGAGUCACUGAUUAAUCGUUGCAACGAACUGAAAUCUCAGAAGCAAAGUUUGGAAAACUUAGUCCGCAGCGACAAAACGAAGAAACACUCCAUCUUUUUUAAAUGAGACUGGAUGUGUUUAACGCGAUAGAUGGUUACAAAGAAGCACACACUGCUGGGAGAGAGAGCAAUGAAGUCGAGUAUGUAAUUAAUACAAAGAUACCAUAUUUGCAUGGAAAAGAA